ACGCUAUCUACACUAUUAGAUUAAGUCCAGUUUAUUUACAUAGUGUUGUUUUCAUUCUAAACAAAGAAACGAUGGUUUGCGACAAUUGCGAGAAGAAGCUGGGCCGGGUGAUAACUCCAGAUACAUGGAAGGACGGAGCAAGGAACACUACAGAGAGUGGGGGUCGGAAGCUAAACGAAAACAAGGCUUUGACGUCUAAAAAAGCCAGGUUUGACCCUUAUGGGAAGCCUGGGAAGACUGGCUUUGGCAUAUGCAGAAUCUGCAAGAGCUCUGUCCACCAAUCAGGAUCUCACUACUGUCAGGGCUGUGCCUACAAGAAAGGGAUCUGUGCUAUGUGUGGGAAGAAGGUUUUGGACACGAAGAACUACAAACAGACCUCUGUCUAACAGGAUUCUGACUGGCCACCAGGAUGUGGAAAGAGAGAAAGAGAGAGUGAGAGUGGAUGGGGAGAAAAAGGAAUUAAGGGUUUAUCAUGUAGCCGGCUUCUGUUGACCUCGUCUUAAACUCUCAUAGCAGAGAUACAAUCAAGGAGUUCAGGCUUUGAGUGAGUGAGUGAGUGAGUGUGAGAGAGAGGGAGAGUGUGAUAGUGAAAGAGUGGCAAGUGAUUUAGGGCAGGUUGUCCCUAAUUUUUGUAGAGCUCGGAUAAAGCUUUUUCAGCAGCAAUAUGUGGCCAGCACUGUUCCACCCAUUGACCCCUGAGACUAUAUUUAGUUUUUAUUUCUCCAAUUAUGUUGUGUAAAACCUUUUCUGAAACAGGAGUUUCCUUUUACCAAUUAUUUGUAAGUUCUAUCAAGUGCUAUGUUUUUUUUAGUUCAUUAAAUAUUAUUUGUAAUGUCAU